AUGAGGCUGGCAACAACGUCUCCAUUAUUCUUGCUUGCUUUGCCACACGUUGUACAUGCGCAAUCAGUGGUUACCACCGAUGCAAACGGCUAUGUAUAUACUACAGCCGUCUACACUUCAAGUACCACUUAUGACGGCGCAACCACCACAACCUAUACGGCUCCGACCAGUGUCCCUGCCAUCCAAACUGUGCCAUUCACGGGUCAGGCGUUACUUGUGGGGACAUGCAAUGUUGCUCGAUUCACCCUUCUAACGUUCCCGGACGGCGGUACGGUCGAAGUUCCCCUCGUUGGAUGUUCCGAUGAUCGGCCAGAGUGCUGUCCGUCGUUGAAUUUUACAAGUCACGAGCCAGAAGAGACGGGUUCUGCUUCUCCAUCAGCCACGGAGUCAAGUGAUGAAGGAAAUAAUGAAGAGUCUAGCACAUCCUGGACAGGCACGACUCCCAGUCCAACUCCGACAGGAAUCAUUUCAAUGCUGAGCAAUGCUCCACUUACUGUUUGUCCAAGUGAUAUGGUUGACAUCGACCCGGUUUGCUGCCCAAUCGGCUUCACCACAUAUGGCCAGAGCAUCAUCGGCAACCUCCCCUGUGUGAGCACACUCACUACGACCAUUUCACCCGAUUCGGCGGUGCUGGCGUCCAUUACCUCGGUGGUGUCGGCAUCCUUGGCCGCGCAAUCGACAAUGACAACCCCAACAAUAAAUGUCAUAGUGAAUCAAGUGUGGGCCCUUGGUCUCCCUUGCGCCGACGACAACGCAAAAGAGGAAAAUCACACGCAUUUAAGCACGGGUGCCAAAAUUGGGAUCGGUGUCGGCGUUGGCGUCGCCGCUCUUCUCCUCAUUGGCUUCCUCUGGGCCUGUCUCGCCGUCCGUCACCGCCGCAGAGCAAAAAUGCGGAAACUCGAAGCCGCCAACACCGCAGCAGGCGGGCCGAUUCGCCCCGAAUCCGGGGCGUAUGCCACAGCACAGGAGAAUUCCAAACACAUAUCCGUGGCGACGACCAUGGCGCCGUCACCGGGAAUGGGCAGCCCGAAUAUGAUGCAGCAAGCGUACGGCUCACCCGCGCAACAUGGAUUCAGUCCGGCCUUCGGGUACGCCGCGCCCCAGGCCCAGCCGCCGCAGAUGAUGCAGGUCCAGGAUCCGUAUCACCAUCCGUACGGCGUUCAACCCGCGCCUCAAGGAUAUCCCCCAAUGGGAUACCCGCCGUCGUCCCAAUCUCCGCCGCCAUUCUAUCCUUCCGGCGGCAGCUAUGGCGCCCAGACACAACAAUACAAAGAACCCCCGGCGGAGGUGGCGGGGGACGAGAUUCGCUACUUCCACCCCCAUCGUGAAAGCACGGGGCUCGGUACCAGCGACACGCGCAGCCAGACCACUUCGACCACCGCGGUGGGCAGUUCGCAACCGGGCGCCGGCGCGGAGCCGAAACAACAAUCGCCUGCCGAACUGAGUUCUCAGGGCUAG